GGUGACGCGGAGGAGGUAGACAUCAGCGCAGUCGGCAAUCUGCUCCUGCACGGAGACGCUCGUGAUACCUCUUCCUCUCGCUUCGUUGGUGUCUCCAACGCGCAGUGCGUCCUGGCGAACACCAGGUGAAAAACAAAUUUAACGAAACCAAACCAUCGCUGGUUCACGAGCAACGAGUAUCGCGGUUUUCCACAAUGCGAUAAAUCGCGCAAGGCGGCUCGAUGACAACGCGAAGCAAGGAAAAAGGCCUGGUUGAGAAGAAACGAGAAUGUAAUGAACCGGAGAAGCUGAAAAAAACUAUAUAAUAACCAUCCGUGGACUACAGGCGGUAUACGAUGUUGGUACCGCCUGAUAUGAUUUCAUCCCACUCCAGGAUGGUCUAUCAGUUCAACAAGUACUUCGGCGAACGGGUGAUGAACAGAAAAAGUCAGGUGGCGAAAACCAUUCAGGAGGUGUGUCGAGUCGUGCAGGAUGUGCUAAAAGAGGUGGAGGUGCAGGAGCCGAGAUUCAUCUCGUCCUUGACGGAUUACAACGGCCGGUUCGACGGCCUCGACGUUAUCUCGCCGACGGAGUUCGAGAUCGUCAUCUACCUGAAUCAGAUGGGCGUGUUGAACUUUGUGGAUGACGGCACCCUGCCGGGCUGCGCCGUGCUAAAGCUGAGCGACGGACGCAAAAGAUCCAUGUCCCUCUGGGUGGAAUUCAUCACCGCAUCUGGUUACUUGUCAGCCAGGAAGAUACGCUCGAGGUUUCAAACCCUAGUGGCGCAGGCCUGCGACAAGUGCACGUAUCGGGAUUCAGUGAAGAUGAUUGCUGACACGACCGAGGUGAAGCUGCGGAUACGCGAGCGAUACGUCGUACAGAUUACGCCAGCUUUUAAGUGCGCCGGACUUUGGCCCAGAUCAGCCUCUCAUUGGCCGAUCGCACACAUACCCUGGCCUCACCCAAACAUCGUCGCCGAGGUGAAGGCGGAAGGUUUCGAUAUGCUCUCGAAAGAAUGCAUAGGCCUACAGGGCAAACAAUCUGCCAUGGAGGGUGACGCUUGGGCGUUGUCGUUUAUCGACGCGGAGAAUCGAUUGUUGCAAGGUGCGAGUAGGAGGCGUUGCCUCAGUAUACUGAAGACUCUCAGAGACCGGCAUCUCGACCUACCAGGGAAUCCAGUCACCAGUUAUCACAUGAAAACCCUAUUACUGUAUGAGUGCGAGAAACAUCCGCAUGAGGCGGAAUGGGAUGAGGGUUGCCUGGCCGAGCGAAUAAACGGCAUAUUUCUGCAGCUAAUCUCCUGCCUGCAGUGUCGCAGAUGCCCACAUUACUUCCUACCGAAUCUUGAUCUGUUCAAGGGAAAAUCGCCCAGUGGUCUGGAAAACGCCGCGAAGCAAGUAUGGAGACUCACCAGGGAGUUGCUGACGAACAGUCGCGCGUUGGAGAAACUAUAGUGGCCGACACGGCUGUGGUUGAUCAUCGUAUGAUUCGAACUAAUCUCGCAAAUUUUAUCACACGUUCCUGUAACUGCAGCGUUGAAAGACUUCGACGCGCGAAUAAAAUACUUCUAAUCAUACAAUGACCGUACAAGGACUACGCGAGAAAUCAUCGAUUA